AUGGUUGCGCCCGCUGUUCCUGAGAUCCAUGAGGAGGAUGAGAUCUAUGUUGCUGUCGAUGCGCGCACAGAAUCUUUGCAGAGCUUGCGAGAACUAGGCCCCCCGGAUCUCGUUUAUUUGGUUAAACAACCCAAGGCCAAUUCGACUCGCCAGACCGGCGUUUACCACCAUGUCACCGGAAUUGACGCCUCAUCAUCCGCCAGCUUGGCUGCCUACGUCAACACCCUCACAUUCUCUCCCCUCGACAAGACGCAUAAAGUGGUAUCGGGAAUCUACUGUUGCUACAAUGCGUUCUCCCACCUCGAUAUGCGCGUCGAAGUCAAGAUCCCCGGAAGUUUAGAGAGUUACUGCAUUGACGAGCGGGGCGACAAGCGUGUUGCCACUGACGCUCUCUGGCUCGAGACUUUCCUUUGUUCUGUUCUGAGGGCUUAUCACUAUGCCGACGAUGGCACCGGCGAUGCCGUCAAGAAGAUUGUCGGAGUUCGACGGUUCAACCCGGUCACUAACACGGAGAUGGAGCAUAAGUUCUUGGACGCCGCCGAAAAGCUGUUCUUCCUAGGACGCCAACUCAGCUCCGACCCCGAAACACAAGUCCCCAACACCGUCAGCAACCACCUGACAUCCGGAAUCCUGAAAUAUAUCCACACUACCGGCCGUUACACAUCUGGAAUCAAUCUGUUUGAGAAACUCCGCUCCCGGGACGUCGAGGUCUCCUCGCUCCUGGCGCGCGUACAAAUGAUGGCAGAUGAAGAAGUACAGGCUGUGCGCUUAAUGUACGAUGCGUUACAAGAUGUGCCCAUGGACUAUGCUCUUUUAGACUGCCAGGCAGGCUUUUGUCAGAGCAAGGGUGAGGGCGAGAUGGCACUUGAAUGCGCCAAGCGUGCCGUGACAGCCGCCCCCAGUGAGUUCAGCACAUGGGCUCGACUCGCUGAGGUCUACGUCGGCAUGGAGAAGUGGGAUCUGGCACUCCUCACCCUCAACUCUUGCCCCAUGUUCACUUAUCAGGAUAAAGAUACCCCUCGCAUGCCACAACCAUCGCGAAUCAUGCUCCCCAUCCUCGCUGAAAGUAUACUGGACGAGAUUGAUGAGGGCCAGCCCAAGCAGGGAGAUCCGCACGACUAUGUUCACCCUUCUCUCCGCAAAAUCCAUGCCGCCAACUACCAGGGUACUUUCUUGAAGGCGUACAACCUGCUGACGAAGAUCGCGGCUGCCAUUGGUUGGGACCAACUCCUGAAGGCUCGCAGCGAGGUCUUCGUCAUGGAAGAGGAAUACCGGGUCGAGCGGCAGCAUGUGCCUAGGCCCUCUCAGUCAGCAGAGAGAGAAACGAAUGGAGAUAGCCCCGACACCGAGAACGACUCUGAGUCAGUGAACGGGCCCGGAGCAAGCUCCAAUGGAGAUGUAACAGGCAACCAUACCCAGAGCCCUCUCGAACGCCCAGAACAAACGGUGGCCUCCGAGGUCGUAAAAUCUGGAAAUGAAGACCCCGAUCCAUCGCACAGCUCAUAUACCCAAUUCCAAAACAAGCGCCUUUGCGAGAGAUGGCUUGACAAUCUCUUCAUGGUUCUCUAUGAGGACCUGCGCAUCUACACCAUCUGGAGAACGGAGAUGGCCCAGUUCCGUCAGCAAGCGAUGGAGUACAAGAAGUCCGCUACCGAGUGGGAGAUCCUUGGUGAGCUCGCUCAGCGACUCCACCACUUCGACGAGAGUAUCGAGGCAUACCAAAGCUGUCUCGCGACUCGUUUCUCGCCCAAGGCUAUGCGUGGGGUGUUGAAGCUGUACGAGCAGCGAAACGAUACCCGAGGCAUGCUCGGCGCUUUGAUUCGCCUGAUCGCCUGGCAAUAUCGCUGGUACUCCGAGUUCUCGCCUGAACUUUUGUUCAUGGUUCGUAAGCUCAUUGAAGACGAAGGCGCUGUGAAGGUUCGCAGUAUUGUUCAAGCGACAAACUUGCCUCAAGCCGUCCUGGACCUAACACAUCAGUACUGCCAACUAUGUGCGACCUUCCGCAGCAGCGGCAGCGACACUUAA